ACAGACUGCAGAUGAGAGAGUCUGGAGCAGAGACAAUUUUAACUUAGCCAUUCCUAAUUUAUCUCAAGCAUUUUCAAUUCAUCUUCACUGCUCUAUGCACACAGGAACACCAGAUUGCCGUCCCUGGGGAACAGAAUGCAACCAGGGAUCUGGAGAGCUGUCACAUUCCAAGAAAUAUUUAAAUUGUGCUGAUUUUCUUCUGGAGAACUGAGCCCAGGGAAUGAAACUCUCCAUCAAGUCAUAGCUUUGCGGGCAAUAGAUCAGAGGAUAUUGCCAGUUUUCUAAUGGAUUAUUGUUAUCGGGCAGGUUUUCUCUGAAGCUGUAUUCUAUUCAGGAUCAAACCUGAUAGACCUGCCUUCUGCUGACUUCUCAGCUGCUGUUGCAUCUUUCUUGGAUGGAGACUGGAGAUCAGCCAGAUCAGUUAUAUGCACAAAGCCGCUUUGGAUCUGUCUUUUCAAACAAGAGCUGCAGAAAACGUUAGAGCAAGGUUGACGCUUUAUUCCACUCUGACUCAUCCAGAAAACACAACCCUGAUUUUGCCUGAGAAAGACUACCAACAGAACCUGAAACUACAGAAUGCUUAAAUUUUAUCAAAUGAAGCAUAUUUUUGAAAUACUGGAUAAAAUGAGAUGCCUGCGAAAACGUUCCACAGUGUCAUUUUUGGGAGUUCUUGUCAUUUUCCUUCUCUUUAUGAACUUGUACAUUGAAGACAGCUAUGUUCUGGAAGGAGACAAACAGCUUAUAAGGGAAACAUCCACACAUCAGCUGAAUUCAGAACGCUAUGUGCAUACUUUCAAAGAUUUAUCGAAUUUCUCAGGAGCCAUCAAUGUCACAUAUCGCUACUUAGCUGCCACACCUUUACAAAGAAAGCGGUUUCUUACCAUUGGACUGUCGUCAGUGAAACGAAAAAAAGGAAACUAUUUACUUGAGACCAUCAAGUCAAUUUUUGAGCAGUCCAGCUAUGAAGAGCUGAAGGAAAUUUCAGUGGUGGUUCAUCUAGCAGACUUUAAUUCAUCCUGGCGUGAGGUCAUAGUCCAGGAUAUUACACAGAAAUUUGCCCACCAUAUUAUUGCAGGAAGAUUAGUAGUUAUACAUGCUCCAGAGGAAUAUUACCCAAUCCUGGAUGGCCUUAAAAGAAAUUACAAUGAUCCAGAAGACAGAGUCAGAUUUCGUUCCAAGCAAAAUGUAGAUUAUGCUUUUCUGCUUAAUUUUUGUGCCAAUACUUCAGACUAUUAUGUAAUGCUUGAAGAUGAUGUUCGAUGUUCAAAAAAUUUCUUAACUGCCAUCAAGAAAGUCAUUACAUCCCUUGAAGGAACCUACUGGGUAACUCUUGAGUUCUCAAAGCUUGGCUACAUUGGAAAACUUUAUCAUUCUCAUGAUCUCCCACGUUUGGCACACUUUUUAUUAAUGUUUUAUCAAGAAAUGCCUUGUGAUUGGCUACUGACUCAUUUUCGGGGUCUUUUAGCUCAGAAAAAUGUGAUCCGUUUUAAACCAUCUCUCUUUCAGCACAUGGGUUAUUAUUCAUCAUAUAAAGGGACUGAGAAUAAGCUGAAGGAUGAUGAUUUUGAAGAAGAGUCAUUUGACAUCCCCGAUAACCCUCCUGCAAAUCUGUAUACCAACAUGAAUGUUUUUGAAAAUUAUGAAGCAAGCAAGGCUUAUAGUAGUGUCGAUGAGUACUUUUGGGGAAAACCGCCUUCAGCAGGAGACGUCUUUGUGAUUAUAUUUGAAAAUCCAAUUUUAAUUAAGAAAAUUAAAGUGAGUACUGGAACAGAAGAUCGGCAAAAUGACAUUUUGCAUCAUGGAGCCCUAGAUGUUGGGGAAAAUGUUAUAGAUUUCAAACAAAGUAGACAAUGUGUUACUUACUUAAGACUAGGGGAAUUCAAAAAUGGAAACUUCGAAAUGUCAGAGGUGAAUCAAAAAAUUCCAUUUGAUAUACAUUGUAUAAGGAUAUACGUUACCAAGACACAAAAGGAAUGGCUGAUUAUUAGGAGUAUUAGCAUUUGGACUUUUUAGCUAAUUAAACCGAGAUGUCCAGUUCCUAAAACAGGCUUUCCUGUUUCCUUUUUUGCUACCUUCCUCUUUUGCUACUUUUGUCCUUUGGAGGGAAAGCAAUGGAUGAGACAUUUUAAAAGAAAAGCCUAAGCAUUUUUGCAGUUUUGAUUUGCAUAUUGUCAACAUAAUUUUACUCUAAUACACACUUGAGUUUAUUUUAACUUCUGAAGUUGAGUAUCAGUCCGUUGUGAAUUUCAUUUAUAUUUUUAAUGUUAUCGUGUUUGUUCCAAAAUUUCAACUAAAUGUCAAAAAGGUGACAUGAAGGAUUCAAAAUGAGAAAAUUUAGUUUGCUGGAUGGUGAGUCUUAAAAAAUAGUGGCCAACUGUAUGCACUUCCUCAAGAAUUGAUAAUUUAUUAUGUCAUCAGAUAGCUCUUAUUAAGCAUCUGUGUGAAUAUGCAGUUGGUUAGAAUGAUAUUUUUUUUCUUGUAAACAUAGAUUUUCAUAGACUUCCAGGCAUCUACAAUGAAUACCUCCUCAUAGAAGUGAUGUCUUUACAGCAAAAUUUUAUGUGUAGGUGAGGUUAUGGAAAGAAAAAAAAAUGGCUUAAAAAUAUUUCUCCCAUGAUUAUUUAUAUAAAAAGGGGCAUUGUUCAUUGUAUAAAAACAAUUGAGCACCUAUUGUUAAUAAAUUUUCUGUGGGAAGCAAUCUUUUCUAGUUUCCCUUUUGCAAAAAAGAGCAGUUAUGCUCGAUAUUUUCAAGUUAUAUUGGGUACCUACAUUUAAUAGAAGAAAUUAGAGAAGGCCUAUAGUUAGUUCAUUCUUACAUUUUCAGUGUAUGCAGAAAAUUUUUGAAAUUGAUUUUAUAUGUUUUGUAUUAAAGUUCAUACAAUUGAAAUCGUUGUAAUCUAUCAUAUACUUUUUUUAGAGUUUAAAUGGGCAUCUUAUAAAAGAGAAAAGUAGGAAACCAAGAAAUCAGUUAACUUUUCUGUAUUCACAGCUAGUUCAUAGUAAAGCCAAAGCGAGAGAUCGGAUGUUCUGAUAUCCACAGUACUCUUUCCCUUAUGUGGAGAUUGCUCCUCACAUAAAUUAUGCUUUCUGUUCGCCUCUACAUGAGUCUGAGAUAAUAAGUCAUGCUAUCUUGAAACAGCUAGUAUAAUUCUUUCAUAAGUCUCAUUUUCAUUCUGUGGAAUAAACCUAAAAGUGCCCGAAACGAUGCUCUUGUAUAUGCACCCAAAUGGAGAACAAACUUUGCUAACUAUUACUAUAAGGGACUGGACAGUUGUGCUACAACCAUGUGUCCUAUCAAAGCAUUUCAGGACACCUUAGUGCAUCGUAAAGACAUUGGUUGUUCAGAAUACCCUGAGCUUGUCGGAUCCUCUCUAUUUUUUGACAAACAGCAAAGAUGAAGGUGCUUACUGUGAAUAUAUGAAAAGUACUUCAGGUAAAUUUAUGGAGAGACUCAAAUAUAUAUGUUUUUAUAGAUUAGAAAGCAUUUUAUUCAAUCUAUCCAAAUUGAUUAAAUUAGAAACUCAUAAAAAAUUGGGAUUUUUUUUCUUUUAUUGAUACAAUAGCUACUGUGUAUUUUUUGCAUCCAGUUGCUAUAGUAUAAUAAAGAGAAAAUAUGAAUCUAUAAAUAUUAAUAUUUCCUUGCACAACUGAGUCUUAAAGUCGUACGAAAAAAUGAACACUGCCACUAAACUAUAAUCUUUGCCUUGAUUUGGAGGAUAUUUGCCAGACACUUAAAGAUAUUCUGUUUUAUUGGCUUUUAUCAUCCUCGUUCAUUAACUGGCUAGUUGUAUAAUAUUCUACAUAUAUCUCAGAAAUUACAGAUAAUCACUUUCUCCACUUUUAAUGAUAAAAGGUACACAACAAAGACAUGUAAUAUCAAAGCUUAGCAGACUCCUUGAAGUGAUUGUAAACUUCAUGGAGUCUGCCUAGGUUCUGAGAGUGUUUCCAAAGACCAGCCAUUGAUAUCAACUUCUGGAAAAUGCUUCAAGAAAUAUUGCUGAGGGCGAAAUUGAACGUUUGUUAGAAAAUUAUAAAUGUAAAUGUGAUUUAAAGUGGUUACAUUUUAUCUUAAGCUUGAUCUUUUCAUUAUAGAACCCAGGUUUUAAUAAGCUGGUCAAUCACCUAAGGAUGUGUCUAUGUUUUUUUAUAGAUUAAGUGGAGGUCAACCUUUUUAAGGAAAGACUUGGACAAAGACUCUCUAUUAGGGACACUGGGACAAAUAACCUUUCUUUUUCAAAAAGAUAAUCUGACCAAGCAUUCUUCACUUGAUUCAAUGUUGCAUUUCCUAUAUUUAAAAGUUCUGAAUAAGGCUCCUAUAAUCUUGUCUCUGAGACAUAGAGCAAAAAGACACUUAUUAGGUUUAAUCAUAUUCAAUCUGUUAUUAAGCAUAAUGUUCCAUCAAUGUCUCUCUUGGCAGUUUUUUUAAAUAUGUAUAUAUAUGAACAUAUACAUAUAUAUAUACAUAUAUAUACACACAUACAUAUAUAUAUAUAUAUAUACACAUAUAUAUAUAUAAAAUUUUCUUUGUUACAAAUGUCUAUUGAAAAAACACUGGAAUGUAACAUGACAGUUGAGGUAUUUAUUUGCUAUGUAAAUAAGAUGCUGACAGGGUUCAAGCACAAAAUAUGUACCUUAAAUAAUGUCUCAGUUUGUUUAUUGUGAACUGACUAAAAAGUUUAUUUACAUUUAAGAUUCUUCUCCUUAAGGGAGCCUUUUCAGCAUUUAUGAACAUCAAAGAAAAGCAUUUGUAAAAGCACAAUAAAAAUAUGGAAAUUACACAUUUUUGGAAAACACACAUUAUAGCAGCAAUAACAUGUCUAGGUAUAAAAAUACAUAGAAAGUGUUAAUAGAAGCACUUUUGAAGUAUCACUAAAAACCUAUCAGCUUUUAUAACGUAUAUAUUUUCCAGAUAUAAAAAUAUAAUUUAGAAACCAAGUGUCAUUUAAAACUA